GGCCAGUAUCGGGUGGGAGAGAGGGCGGAGCGUGGUCCGUGCCUCCCCUCAACACAAUGUCCCGGCACGUUUUCCUCACGGGACCCCCAGGUAACGGGGGCACGGAGGAGCCCGGGGAGCGGGGCAAGGGGAGGCAGUGCAGCCGCUGGGGCCGCCCCGGGGCCCAGCUUGGUCCUGCCCGGUUCGGCUCGGCCUGGCCUGGCUUGGCCUAGCACAGCCAGGCACCCUACGUAGUGCCGUUGGCGCUGCGAAACGCGUAUAGCCGAGCAAAGCAGCGGCGCAGGCCGUGACGGAGCCCCGGGAGCGGCUCCCGCAGCCGCCGAGCCCGGCAGCUACCUGCGAGGUCGCCGCGCUGCCGCCGUGCAGGCCUGUGGCAGGUCCCCUUCCCGAGUCGCCUGGCGAGCUCGGAACUGCUACAUUCCUUAACUUGUUCCUGAUGAAAAGGCCAGGGGUUGGAAAGACUACUUUGAUCCGGAAGGUCACUCAAGCUCUAAAAUCCUCAGGCAUUCCCAUUGAUGGAUUUUACACAGAGGAAGUCAGAGAAGGUGGCAGGAGAACAGGAUUUGAUGUUGUCACUUUGUCUGGAGAACGGGGACCUUUAUCUAGAGUCAGUGCUGGUUCUUCUACUUCAAGAUGUGAAUAUCGGGUUGGACAAUAUGUUGUAGACCUCAUUUCAUUUGAGCAGUUGGUUCUACCUGUGCUGAGAAAUGUAAACCAUGGCAGUGAUGCAGAGAAAAAUAUCUGUGUCAUAGAUGAGAUUGGUAAAAUGGAACUCUUCAGUCAGGCUUUUAUUCAAGCUGUUCGUCAAACACUGACUGGCUCAGGGACCGUGGUGCUUGGAACUAUUCCAGUACCUAAGGGAAAGCCACUGGAUCUUGUUGAAGAAAUAAGAAGUAGGAAAGAUGUUGAAGUGUUCAAUGUUAGUAAGGAAAACAGAAACAGCAUUUUACAAGACAUCAUGGCAGCUGUAGAAUCCUGCAGAAAAUGAAGACCUUUUCUCGCCUGUAAACACUAAAGCUUUUAUUUUACAAAACAUUACAACAUUUUGCAGAUGUUUUGGAGUCUGUCCUUCCUGCUUUAACCCCUGGAGGCUUUACUGGAGCCUUGAGGGUAAGCAAGGUAAAGCUGGUAAUACUCUAAAAUGUGACAAUGAGAUAGCUGGGUUCUUGUUUAUUCAGUUCAGAAGCUGAUCCAGUAAAAAACCUGAACAGAUGUGUAGUUAACAUCCAGUUCUAAUCUGUAUAGCUGGAAGUUCUAGUUGCACCAUCUAAAAGCAAUUUGCUAUCAAAAUUGGUCAAGAUCUCGGUCUUUCAGAAUGUAGUGUGGGCUGGAGACCAGUUUGGUAUCUGGAACUUGAUCCUGGUGUUACAGAACAGAACCCUGCCCAAAACUGAUCUGUGCUCUGCCCGGUUUAUGUAGAAAUAUCUGUGCUGUUGGUGACUCAGCUUAGGUGUGUCCACGUGUGUUUCAGCAUGAGUGCAGACCACUCAUGAAGUAGAAGGGAUAAGUAGAUGCUCUCUCCCUACCCUCAGACAACUCUUGUUACAGUUACAGUUGCAGAAGGAUUAUCUGGAAUUUCAAGGAAAUUUCCUGUAGUCCCAAGUGACAUUUUCAGACUUCUGCUUCAGGAGGAAAAAUAAACAACUCUGCCCUCUCCUAAGUGGCCCAGACAGUAGCUGAUAAGAGAGCUGCAGUUUGGGUUUGUUUUCAAGACGACAAUCCUGCCUCACACCCCCUUAAAAGAGAAACCAAAACAAAACUUCAAGUCUCUGAAAUUCAGACAACACUUGGAUUGUGUAUCUCGUACAGAGUUUAUUAAGUCAGAACCGACUUACUACAGCAUUUGUCUAUAUUGGGUUUACAAUCUGUUAUGUUUAUUGAUACUUUUUGGUUGGUUGAGAUUUUUUACCUUAUUCAAUUCUGUACAUGGUUAAUGGUGAAAUAAGAAGUGUUUGAGAGUAUUAGACAAUGUGUUUCUCCAUGUGCAAAUGUGUGCCGGGAAAGUGCUACCACUUUAUCAGUUUUGUAUGUUGUGAAAACAGAAUUCCCUCCCAGGUGCACAUUUGUUCCUUGUAUUUUUUGUAGUCGUCUCUGGCUGUAUAAAGUUGUUAAGAAUUCAGUAA